GACGCACGCGACUUCGAGCAUGUUAAAUACAGCCAUAGGUACGACCGAAGCAAAGCGAAUAUGAGGAUCCCAUUCUAUGAGUCCUUCAUGAUCACGCGGCAUCUGAAGGAAUUUAUCCUGAAAGCGUGCCCCUCCAACAACCCCGAGUCCCUCCACCGUCGCUCCACGCGGCUGAAAGAGCAAGGCAAACAACGCUCUUUCGUCAAAACUUUCUGGCAGCGCCAGCGCAACUCUGUCCGGAAAUGCGCCGAAGAAGCCCAUGAGGCCAUGCGGGCAAAACGGGACUUCUGCGUUGAUUUGCACAUGAUUAACCACGAGACGUUGGAAUGGAGGCGCGAGAACUUGGUCCCGGACAUGAUACCCAUGCUAAAGUUGGCCACAGAGCAUGGCUGGACGGUCACGUUGAAUGUUGGCGAAAAAGAGCACAAAGCGUGGGUUCGUAGGAAGUGUACGGCGGCUGGUAUUGACAAGAAGCACCUGAGGCUUUAUUCUUGGGCACCCUAUGGAUUGAACGUCAGGACUUGAAGAACUGCAUGUGCA